AGGUUAUGUUUUUGUUAUUUAGUUGUUAAAAAAACUGCCAUGUUUAAUACUAUAAUUUAAAAUGUUUCCAUUAAAGACGAUAAAACCGCAUUGCGGAAUAUUGCAUUUCGCAAAAUCGAAUGUAUCCAUUUGGUCUCCUUUGGCAGAGGCGUUUAAUUCCCGUCCUCUUCAAAAAGUAGACACCAAGCAAGAUGAUGUUGGUCUUUUCGGGAUAGAGGAACUAAAAUCACCUGCUGGAUUUGGUUCCUUGAAAUAUAAAUGCCUUCAGAAAACAGAUAAUUUAAUGAAUGAAGCUACACAGCACGGCUUAAGGUCUAGAAAGAUGGUUGAAAUAUUCGAUGAUAUUUCAGAUUCCUUGUGCCAAGUAGCGGAUCUAGCAGAAUUUGUUAGGUUAUCACAUCCAAACCAACAAUUUAACGAAGCAGCUCAAGUUGCCUGUGCGACAGUUAGUGGUAUUGUAGAGAAGUUAAAUACAAAUGUUGAACUCUACAAUAUUUUAAAAAGUUCUAUUAGAAAAGGUGAUGUUUUAGAGCUGACUGAAGUUGACAAAUUGGUGGGUGAAUUAUUCCUUUUUGACUUUGAACAAUGUGGUAUCCAUUUAUCAGAAAUAGCAAGAAAUGAAGUGGUGUGGUUAAAUGACGACAUAUUAAAUUUAAGCCAACAAUUUGUAGCUGGAACCUCAACCUCUCGAACAGUACAUAGAAAUAUUUUACCAACAAAUGUGAGGGAUAUUUUUGUGGGUGACCAAGAAAAAAUUAUAAUUUCGGGAUUAUAUACUCAUUCAAGUAAUCCUAUAGUACGUGAAAUGGCUUACAAAAUUUAUUUGCACCAAGAUCCUCGACAAGAAAACCUUUUAAGUAAAUUACUUCAUGCCAGAUACAAGUUGGCGAGGAUUUGUGGCUUUUCAACUUACUCAGAAAGGGCUCUAAAAGGUGGCAUUAUGGAUUCUUCGGCAAAUGUUAUGAAUUUCUUAGAUGACCUCAACCUAAAGAUUUGGGAUAAGGCUCAGCUGGAUUUUGAAUGCAUGGAUAAAAUCAAACAAAAGGAAUCCCCAAACUAUGGUAUGUUAUCUGCUUGGGAUGUCCCAUAUUAUACCUACCUUGCUAAAAACGACUGGUUCAAAAUAUCUGGAAAAGAGUACUCCCCAUAUUUUUCUCUUGGAACCUGUAUGGAUGGACUGAAUAUGAUAUUUCAGUCCCUGUUUGGCAUUAGCUUGGUAAAUAGUCAUAUUUCUCCAGGAGAAUGUUGGUAUCCAGAUGUUUACAAAUUAGCUGUUGAACAUGAGAGUGAGGGUUUGCUGGGGUACAUUUACUGCGAUUUUUAUGAGCGCUCAGGAAAACCUAACCAAGAUUGUCAUUUUACGAUCAGAGGGGGAAAACAGUUACCUGAUGGUUCUUAUCAGUUACCCAUUGUAGUUUUAAUGCUCAAUUUGCCACCUCCAAGAUGGUCGAGCCCUUCCUUAUUGACACCCAAUUUGGUGGAUAAUCUGUUUCAUGAAAUGGGACAUGCCAUGCAUUCUAUGUUAGGAAGAACUCAGUACCAACAUGUUACAGGGACAAGAUGCAGCACUGAUUUUGCUGAAGUACCUUCCAUUCUAAUGGAACAUUUUUCAUCUGACCGUCGAGUGUUGCAAUGUUUCGCUAAACAUUUCCAAACUCAUCAACCACUGACAGAUGACAUGUUAGAGAGAUUGUGCACCUCGAAGCGACUAUUUGUAGCUAGUGAAACUCAAUUGCAAAUUUUCUAUAGUGCACUGGACCAAGUGUAUCAUGCAGAGCACUCAUUUAAACAGUCAACCACUAAUGUUUUAGCUGAAACACAGCCAAAGUACUAUGGGCUGCCAUAUGUUCCAAACACUGCUUGGCAAUUAAGGUUUAGUCAUUUGGCUGGCUAUGGGGCAAAGUAUUACUCCUAUUUAGCAUCAAGGGCAGUAGCCAGUUUGAUAUGGAAGACUUACUUCGAUGGUGAUCCCUUCAGUAGAAGUAAUGGGGAGAGAUACAGAAGAGAAUGUUUAGCAUUGGGAGGGGGAAAAAACCCUAAAGAGUUGGUUGGGGAUUUUUUGAAAGUUGAUCCCACACCAUUUGCAUUUUCAAAAGCUUUGGUGGAAGAAAUUGAGGAUUGUCAAAGCCAAGUGGAUAGAUUUCUAAAGAGAUGAUUCGUACUGCACCAGAAACUUCUUUGGUGAAUAAUGUAAAAAUGUAAAUACAUGAAAAAUUUUGUAAAGUUAUUAUUUAUUGUUUUUCUUGAAUUAAAAAUGUUUCAUAUUUGUUACUCUAGAAUUAGUUUUUAAUUAAAAUUGAAAUACUGA